AUGAGUGAAACAACAGCGGCAUCGACGACGACUCAUGCCCCAACGAUCGAUAUCGGGCCCACGUCAACCAGCACGUCGGCAUCGACAGAACCAGCACCAGCCCUAGUGGAUGACGAGGAGUAUAGCGACGAUGGAUUCGAUUCACAAAACCUUCGGUACAAUUGCAACCAGCUCCACGCGAAAAUCCGCGAAUUUCUGGGUACUAAGGAGAUGACGCUGAAGGAGUUCCCCAAGGAAUGCCAAGUCAACCCAGGCCCAUACUACCGAUUCAUGGACCUUAAUGGCCGGGGCAGAGGAGAUGGCAAUACCAGCUUUAUUGUUUUCUAUUGA